AUGGGGGCCGCUCACUCGCGCACGUCGCGCGAUGAGGGCAAUAACAGACGCUCAACUGACACCAAUCCUAGCAGACCUACAUCGAUGCUGCCACAGCGUCGGACCCGUGACGAAGUGGAUGACGAGCCGACCGACACUGAGCCUGAGCGUCAUCGCCGUCGGCGAUUGUCCCUGGGUUGGCGUGGGUUCCGUCGAGAUCGUGAACGAUCUUCGGACUCGUCGGCUUCGUCAGGUGUCCCUCAUCGCUUUCGCCCUGGCUGGGGCCGCACGAUGUCCAUGCAAGGCAUUCCUACUCUCGCCACCGUAUCGCAGGCCGGCGAUGAUACGCCCACAACCUCGAUCGCAGCGCCUGCCGCCGUCCCGAGCACGUUGCCUACAAUACCAAGCCCUGCCAAUGAGACUGGAAGUGAGGCACCCGAGGUUAUACUGGUCGAUCCGCCGACCUCCUCAACCUACAGCCCUCCCACAGCGAAUGGCACCACGCCCAUACCGACCCCAAGGCCAACGCAGACAUCUGCCACCCCACCUGACCCGCUCGCACGUGAACGGCAAGAAGCCGUGCGUCUGAUUGAGAGCGUGCUUGGCCCACGCAUGAGCCAAGCCCCGUCGCAAGGACGGCAUCCGGGCCUUGACCCAUCGUCGUUGGCCGGUACUUUUGGUGCGCGUCGUUCCUUUGGACUGCCUCGUCGUAUAGGCUCUGUCCCACGUCCGGGAAUGGGGCCUAUGCUAGGGCCUGGACGGCCUUCUACUUCGCUUGGCACGCUCCUGUCGGAAGUCCUCGGCGCUUCUCGCGAAGGUAUGCCGCCAGGCGCAGCGCCGUUGUCGGGCACUUCCGUGAUUGUGCAAGGCGCGUUGGUGGCGCGAACCGCGCCUAGUUCUGCAUCAGAUGGUAGCGCUCCAUCGUCGGCAGACACCAACCCCACGCCACAGCCGCCACCCAGCAUGCCUGGUUCCGCUAUGCCCGGUACCGAUCCGAACGUGCCACAUGUUGCUACGCUGGAAGAGCAAGGUGAGAUGCUAAGCCGGAUACUUUCCAUUGCUGCUGCUGCGACAGCGGCAUCGGUGGUAAAUGCAUCACCUGUCCACCCGGCGGCGGCCGCUGCCGCUGCUGCUGCGUCAGGCGUUCCCACUACACCCCAUGCAGCGUCAGCCACGCCAGCAGCGCCGGCGUCGGAGACCCAAGCGCCACCGCCUUCAACACCAUCUCAACCAACGCCUUCGUCGUCCACAUCCUCCAGCCCACGUCAUGGACGUGAGUUGCUCGAACGUCUAUUUUCUGGGCGUACACAAACACAUACUCAUCAUGCGACCAAUGAGCCAGAAUCUGAAACCAUUUCGACGAUUACCCGCCUGAUGCGCGAUGCUUUACGAGCAUCACUCCCAGGGCAUACCCCAUCGACCCCUCCCCAUCCCAACCCUGCUGCAUCGUCUGCGAACUCCUUGUCUAUUUUAUCUACAUUGGAACGCGCAAGGCAGGGGCAGCCUUUCCCCGAAGGUGAGCCUGGCUCGUUUGACAGAUUCUUGCACAAUAUGAUGGAGGAUCUUGGCUAUGCGAUCCAGCAUAUGAAUGGGUCCUCGCAUGAAUCCGAGUCGACUCUCCCCGACGACGUGAGGGUCCGUCGUGAAGGCGAUGUGGACGGCGAGCAACUGUCGUUCUUCCGCCUCUUCCGUUUCGACCAGCAGCCUGACACAAACUUGAUUCCCUGCGUGCUGGUAGGUGUGCGCAGUCUUCGUGCAGAAGAGCGGCUUAUGGGCGGUGAUGAUGCACUGCCACGCGAUGGCGACCAGAACCGUCCAGGCGUAUCUCGCUUUGUGUUGUUUGUAAGCGGUGGUCGUUACCAUGAGCAGCACCCACUCUUAGUCGCACGCCCACGCGAUGCAGGCCGUGAUCUCAUGUUUAUGAUGGAGCUCCUUGGUGCUAUGACGGCCAUGAGCAACAAAAGGCCCACCGCUAGUGCUGCGGACAUUGAACGCAGCGGUCUUUUGAAAGUGCGUGCUUCCGAGCUACCCGCGCUUAAGGAGGCUGGGCGUGUGACGGAAAACACAAGCGAGAAAUGCCUGGUGUGUCUUGAUGAAUGGCAGGAUGACGACGAAUGCCGAAUUUUGUCUUGUAAACAUGCAUUCCACGCAGCGUGCGUCGACCAAUGGCUCGAGCAUAACUCCAAUUCAUGUCCCCUAUGUCGCAGCGAAGCUGUGCAACAUGCUAAUGCCUAG